AUGAAGUUUCCUUGCCAAAACCUUUUGAUGAGUUAUCGGGUGUUGUUUGUCAUUGCUGUGUCUUGUGCCGCUUUGGGUUUGCUGUACGUCAUGAUUUUCGACAAUUUUUUAACGCCACAAUGGAAUACAAUCUUCUACACCAAUUCAAGAAUGUAUCACUUGAAUACUAGCAACAAGAGUAAGUAUAUAAAGAGUGCGUGACUGACCAAGUUUCGUUGGUCAAGAUGACAAAAUUGGUUAGGUGUAAAGUUUUUUUUAUUGCGGUUUUUAAUUACUUUCACUACUGCCCAUCAUUUUCCGAGAUUUUUUAGUGAUAUAAGGGCUCUUAGAUACUGAUUUUGUUAGUAAGUCGGUAUGGCAGGUAGUAUAAUUCAUUAAAAAAAGUUUAUUAUAAUGAUAGUAAAUUGUCUUUAUCGGGGAAUAUUAGCUAUUUGCGCCAUAUGUAGUGUUAUUAGAACAAAAAUAUUACCUUGAUAACCAGUUAUUAAUUCACUUAUCAACUCCCUCCAAUCAGCCAAUCAAGCAUCUUCCAGAAUUUCGCACAGAGCCCCGAGAGCCUGGGGCAAGUUAAGUUGAAAACAUUCUCAUAAGAUAAGAGGGCUAUUAAGUAUUGUUCGAUGGUUCCACCUUGUCCUAAAACACUAUCCUUUUUUCUUGAAACAAGACUUACGAAUUCCCAUAAUCCUAAGAUACAUUAUGCAAACUAAACCUGCUCACAGUGCAUCUUCGUUCCCAGGGUAGCGACGAGUAGAACAGAACCCUGGGAACGAGGUUGCUUACAGCGGCGCUCUCACGUUCUCGUGACGACUAUAAUGCAGGUUCGAUUCUCGGUCUAUGCAACGUUGAGUCUCGGCGCUCUACUCUAAUGUUUUUCGAUCUCCGGGUUCUCCAGUUUUUAACCCUGGGAGCCGUCUCUUGCAAUUGAUAGAGGAAGAGAGAGAGAGAGAGAGAGGGUCCUUGAACGAGGUUGUGUCCAGUUCGAACGUAAACCCUCCCUAGUCUUCACAUUGAAACUCUUGCUUCAUUUCGGUGUUUGUUCAGUUACUGUUUGUUUUAUCAUAUCAUAGAAAGAACAGCAGUUUUUCAAAUUAAUGCCAAGGAAAAAGGAGACCACAUCAAAGAGCAAUCUUCACGGGCAGAAGCCAGCCAAAUACGCAACAAUUUGAGGAACUUAAGUACACUACAGUCUCAACCAAAUUCAGUGGCAACGAGGAAAAAUCUCAUCAUAUUAAGUCCAGGCAGAGGAGGGUCUUCUUUCCUUGGUGGUAUUUUUGACAGCAGUCCAUAUGUUAUGUAUUGGUUCGAGCCUCUCCACACAGUGAUCACAGAAAUAUUAAAAGCUGAUGUAAUAAAGUUCUUCGAAGGAGAAGAGCCGAAAAAUUACAGUCAAACUUCAGUCAGAGUAAUCAACAGCAUGUUUGAUUGCGAUUUUAGCAACAUCAGUGAUUUAACUAUAACGGCAUUUUCUAACAGCAUGUUUCGUAAGCGCAGUAGAGCGCAAACCAGUGGCUAUUUAUGCCCGGAUAAAUGCUUACCUUUCACAAGAUCUCUGCUUCGGAAAGCUUGCAACUCUUCCAAUCAUACGGUUAUCAAGAUUUUAACUGAUCGAGUCCCCAACAAGGCUAUAGAAAGUUUAGAAGAGUUAUUCAAAAUGACUGAUCGGUAUGAUGCGAAGCUAAUUCUCCUAUUUCGCGAUCCUAGGGCUCUUCUUUAUUCCAUGACAGAGUCUGCACGUUGGAUAACUGACUCACCUCUGGAUUCAAAGUUUCGUAAAUUUGUUCAUAGGGUUUGCAAUCCCAUUAUUCAAAAUAUACGUUUUGGUUUGUCUCCCCCACCAUGGCUUAAAAACCGCUUUAGAGUUGUUCGCUAUGAAGAUCUCGCGUUGAAUACUGUCAAUACAGCACAAGAACUGUUUAGAUUCGCGGGAUUUGAUUGGUCGGAGAGUGUUGAACGAUGGAUAGCUAAACACUCAGGACGGAGCAGUAAAACAUCCGCGAGGGAUCCAUACUCCCUUUACAGAAAUGCGUCAUUUGUCAUUAACAAGUGGAAAAAUGCUUCCGAGGUUUUCAUAAGGACUGUAGAAGAUACAUGCGGGGAUCUCAUGGACAUGCUUGGGUACGAAAAGUGGACAAAACAUGGUAAAUCUGAUAUAAUUACAGUAAAUAAGGAGAUCAGAUAUCCAUGA